AUGACUUCGUGGCGAGAUGAGUAUAUUCGGAACCUGCAGGAGCGGGACCAGCGAGAGAGAGCCAGCUACCAGAGGCUCGACGCCGAUUUGAUAUCUGCCUUCACGAACCUCCUAGACCGAACAGCAGAACUCGAGGCCGAGAAAGCCGCACGUACAUCCGCGGAGACCGCCGGCGCGAAACCGCGAGAUCCAACCACGCCGGCGAGUACGAACGAUAAUACGGCGCAGAUAAGACGGGACCUGGCAGAAGCACUGCGCUCGAACGGGCAAUUUCAGUCGCGAAUCAAGACCGCCGAGGCUGAGCUGAGCAAGCUGAAAGUCAAGAGUAGAUCCGAGUCCAAGCAGGUGGAUGAGCUGUCUAGGGAACGUUCGUACCUCGCCCAGAAGCUGAAGGAUAGGGAUGAGGAGUUACGGGGAAAGACAAAGCUCUUAGAUGACGUUCAUGAUGAGGUUAUUUCGCUCAACUUGCAGCUGAAUUUGUCUGAGCAGAAGGUCAAUGGUCUCAAGGCUGAGAAUAAGGAUUUAAUAGACCGAUGGAUGGCCCGCAAGGGUAGGGAAGCGGAGGAAAUGAACAAGGCAUUUGGAUGA